CCGCUCUGAACUGGCAUCUGCCCUCCUUGCAGACUGUUGCGUCCGGCGGUGUCCCCGGCCGCGGGAGCUCCUUCCGGGCGGCCUCUCCGCUUGGUGACGCCGAAGUGGCGUCCGGCCAGUACCCGUCCCUCUCGGUCUGCGGCGGGGCCCAGAGCGAGAUGUCGGCACCGUAGCUCUGCAGGGCGGCCACCAUGGCGGUGGCGCCGUCAAUGACAUUGGCGAGGUCGGCGAGGAAGGCCAUGGCAUCCGUCACCUGCUGGGUUUCGUUGACGUCCUUGAGGGCGUUCCAACAAUUUGUAGAACUCCGCGGCGCGCGGGCGAGCAAGUUGGAAAGAGGAAGGGACUAGGAAAUCGGUCAGGGUCGGAGGCGGCGCCUGGAUCUCCUCUGGAACGCCACCGACGUCCCGCGCCACCGACGUCGCCGCUGCCGUCCGCAGCGCAGCAGGAUGGGAGGCAGGCGGUUUUGGUUCUAUAAUUAGUCCAAUAUGUAUAUGAUCUUUAUGGUUCGGGCUGUCUUGUUUUGCGCAUGAUGUGCGAUCAGGUGUCUUAUGAUUCGUGCGCUAUAUCCGAUAACACCCUUCCUCCUGGUUCCUUAAUUUUAGGCGUGGGCCGGUCGACUGCCAUUUCCACUGCAGCCCGAUCUCCCGGCUCAUGAGCCGGUCUGAUGUUGAACCGGGGAACGACCGAAGAAUCCCACCUCGCGAGCGAGCCCGUGCGACCCUCUUAAGACGCAAUCAUGGCUUCUUCCUCUACCUUCGAGGGGGAAGGAGAAUGGCGAGGCGAUCGCAUCUGACGGAGAUCGGAUGCAUAGCCUGCGACGAACUCGCGGAGCUCGGAUCCGGAGAUAGGGAGGGCUGGCUCGACGAUCCCUCCCUUCUUGCCGCCCUCCACUCUUACUCUCUUGCCGUCGCCUCCGCUGCCCGUCCCCUUGUCCUCGUCCUCGGUUGGGACCCCGAUCGCCGAUCCCCCUCUUCCCCCCGUCAUCCCGUCAAGAUCCAUCCCUCACUCUCACCCUCCGACGGCCGGAUCACUGCCCUCGAGUGGCUCCCCUUCGGCGACCUCCUGGCCCUCGCCCUCGGCACCUCCUCUGGUAUCCUCCUCUUUUACUCCGUGGGCGGGGAUCUGAUUCACAAGCAGUUUGUUCACCCUGGGCGUGUUUUGAGGCUUCGAUUUCGUGAAACUGAAAGCAAAGGCGGCUUUGCACAAGAUUCCGUUUCUGAGGAGCUCUGUGCGGUCUUGCCUGGGGUUGUUGCUCGCUUUGAUGGCACAGAUAUCCAGAGCUUGCUUCGGAGAUGGCUUCAAGAAGCUGGGUCAAGAAUGUGGGAGAAUAGCCGUCACAAAUUGGAGUCAGAGGAUGAAAUUUCUUAUGGGAAUAUACCUUUUCAGCUUUGGAAUGUGGGGAAGUUUGGGAAUUGUUCUGAUGCAGCUAUCACGGGGGUAAAGCCACCACCACUCUUGGAGCUCCAGUCAAGUCAGCGCUACUAUGGUGCGGUUACAGUUGGAGACAAUUCCGUGAUAUCUGCUUAUAGGCUUUCAGAGGAUAGGAGUAGAUCUUUAGUCGGAACUAUUCUCUCGAAGGUUGUCCCAGUUACAUUCUCAACCAUUGCAUCAUUUUCAAAACUGAUAUGGCGAAGUGAGCAAAGUGCAACAAGAAAGUCUCAUCCAACCUCGCAGCCAUUUGCUAAAGCAUCUCCUUUAACAUGUCUCAAAGACCCUCCAAGAAAGGGAGAGAAACUUACCUUGUCUCCAAGUGGCACCUUGGCUGCAAUAACAGAUUCUCUUGGAAGGAUUUUGUUAUUAGACACUCAGGCGCUUGUUGUUGUGCGACUUUGGAAGGGGUAUCGUGAUGCCUCUUGUCUUUUCGUUGAGAUGCUAGUUAACAGAGAUAAAGCAUCAUCAAGUUCCAGAUGUUACGAGUAUACAAAAAGUGACUAUUGCUUGUGUUUAGCAAUUCAUGCACCUCGUAAGGAGAUAAUUGAGAUUUGGAAGAUGCGAACCGGACCUCGCCUUCUAACCAUCCAGUGCCCUAAAGGAAGCAAAAUUCUUCAGCCAUCAACUAGGUUUGUGUCGUCGUCACAAACGCCAUAUAUCCCUUUGGAAGUUUUCAUAUUAAAUGGAGAUUCUGGCCAACUGUCAGUUUUGAAUAGAUGUGUUGUCUAGCAAAAAGGGUUCUAUGUCUUUUGUUCACGAUGUCUCGUCUAUAGCCAUUUUUUGUAUAUCUUGGGCUCAAAUAUUUGAGAAUUGAAAACUGCUUUCUGGCACCGAUGAGGCCUAAAAUGUAGGGUACCUACUGUUACCA